AUGACUGAUCGUGGGCGCUGGUAUCAAAUUUUCGAUUUUUGGUCCCGGAGUCAAGAGAGCUGGAGAAUGCUCUUUCCUGGAAUCAGCGUCCUGCGUAGCGCUAAUCAGCCCAUCACUCGGCGAGCCCCUGAAGACCCAUAUCCUGCUUUGGUCCUUCCUGGGAAUCACGAUAUUGGAUUGCCUCUUUCAAAUACAGGUGCACCCAUGUUGGAAAAUAAAAUGGCUGCUGAGUGGUUUCAGCAACGAUACGCACCUCAUGUCGACGAUCAGUUCCAACUCACCGACGAGCACGGAGCACUGUCUUGGGAUGCGCGCAUUCCCUUAUCUAUUGGUGAUUCAGGGAAUGUAACACAUGAGCUUGUUCUCGUGAAUGGACCGGCCCUUGUUGGUAUGGAAAAUAUCGAUGCCGCACCUUUGAGGACCGAAGAAGCCUUGGACGAAGCCAAGUCCCGUGCUGCUUCGACAUCCAAAAUGAUUGAUUGGCUUGGUGACCAUGCUAAUCCUGAUGUCUUUCGAGAGUCACAUCGAUCUCUCAUCCCUGGCGGUGAAAUUUUUCAGGGUGGUGAUGCAGCUCAUACAUAUCAAAACCUAGUGAGAGAGGAUGUGUCAAACUAUGUCCUAAGAAGCAUCCAGCCAGCGGUGGUGUUUUCUGGUGACGACCAUGAUCACUGUGAAGUAAUACACCGAAAAUUUCGUCAAAACCAAAUCUACAAUGUGUAUGGCUUCGAUCCAGCUGAUGUACCCGAGGUCACGGUCAAGUCCAUGUCCAUGACCGAGGGCGUUCGUCGUCCAGGAUAUGUGUGGCUGCAACUAUCGUCAAUCGAUCAUGGUAUUGACUACAGGCCAUGUUUACUCCCAAACCAAAUAUUUUUAUGGACUGGCAUAUAUUUGCCUCUCUUUGUUCUCUCGGUAGCCUUUUUGUUUAUCAAGAACGGGCAAUACCAACCGCUUGGCUCUCUUCUGCCCAGUCACUUUUCUUCCACACACCCUCGUCCCCGCGUAUGGCGCCUUUGUGUACGUGGAAGUAACGUGGUGGGUUCUCUCCGACGUGUAGCUCACCAGGUGUCACUUAUUGGAUUUGCCCCUUUGCUCCUAUGGUUACUUCUACAAUCAUGA